CUUGGCCGUCUUUUGAUAUUUCAAAUAUCGACACUCACCUAUCACAUCAUCUGCAGCUUCCCGCUGUAUACAGGGUUGGCAUAUCAACUAAUUCCAGAUAGUGUUGUUACAUCAGGUAUUCCACCGUUUCCAUCGUACAGCUCGUUUGACAUCCCUUGUUUAUUUAUGAUUCUUAAUUCAUCGUAAAUACUCCUUGGCUAUCGGUUCAUCCUCAACCCUCAAUCAUCGAUUUCCAUUAUCCACAAUACCAUGACCAAAACACCUGCAAUCAAUCGCUCCGUCACCCUCCACUGCGUCGGCGAUUGGGGACAAGCCAACUUCCACCGCAUCCUAUCCUGGCUCACACAGGAAUUCUGCGAUCGCGCAGGUCCCCAAAGCCGCACUGCCAUCUGGUCCGUUCGCGAUGGAGGCAUCGACACUCUCCGCCAGAUCCAUCACGGCGAAGCGGAUGUGGGCAUCUGUACACCUGCCAAUCUGCUCAAGGCCGCCCUGACCGGAGAAGGCAUGUUUGAACAUACCACUGGCCCAAUGCCUGAUGUCCGGGCGCUGGCUGUUCUUCCGCAGCGUGAUCGGAUGAUGUUCGCUAUUGAUCCACGAUUUGGAGUUACUUCUUUUGCGGAGAUCAGAGAGAAGAAGCUGCCGUUGCGGAUUGCCGUGUCGAGCGAUGAUGGGACGAAUUUCAUCGGGCAUGUGUCGGCACGUCUUCUUGAGGCACACGGGCUGGAUGAACAGACAAUUGUAUCAUGGGGAGGGGCUUGGGUCACAGCCUGUCGUCCUGAGCAGGUGAUUGCCCUCGUAGAAACUGGCAAAGCAGACGCCGUCGUCCAAGAAGCCAUCAUGACGCCGUGGUGGAGAGAUCUGAUCGAAAGCAACAACCUCCUUCCUGUCUCUUUUGACGACGGUGUGAUGAAUCAACUAUCCACUCAACACGGCUUUGACAAGGCGACCGUCCCUGCGGGUUUCUGGUCCGCCGUCAAGGAAGACGUUCAGUGUGCCGACUUUUCCGACUUUCUCGUUCUUGUUCGCGCCGAUAUGCCAGACGACAUUGCAUAUCUCCUCACAUACUGUUUGGUGGAAACAAGAGGCAAAAUUGAAGCGCAGUAUCUUCAUAUUCCGGCUGAACGAAGUCCGCUUUCAUACCCAAUAGACCCGGUCAAGAUGGCACAGUCGACGGUCCAGCUUCAUCCUGCGGCGGAGAGGUAUUAUCGGGAGAAUGGAUAUUUGGGCUUUCAGAAUGGGAAGAGACAUUGUUGGGAUGGAUUGUAUUGAUGUUGAAGAUAUCUCGGGUGGCUGGUUUGGAUACAUUGUUAUCGGAUAUAUCUCCGAUGCAAAUACGUCCAUCAACAGAAUGCAGGAAUUACUAUAGACAGGAGACGAAUUCAUUUUACUUGAAUGGUUUUAUCUAUUAAUUAACAUCAC